AUGUCAAGGUAGGGGUUGUCUGGACAAUGUCAGGAGAGGUUUGUCUUAGCUGGGUCGCAUACGAAAAGGCACUGGCGGCAUGCUGGGCUUUUGUGCAUAAAUAAAAAAAAUGUAUUACAUUUGUUUUCCCCUCAGCCCGAUCUUCCUCCGCUGAUGUAACUCCCCCUAGCUGGAGGGGGAUGGAGGGCAGACUAAAGUAGGACAGGGGCGGCACGGAAAGAGGCCAUUUGCUGUCUGGCACCAACAUGCUGUGCGUGCCGGUGUCAGAUGGCAAUUUUGCACAGAAUUUACACUACUAAAGAAGCUGCAGCUAAGCAGUUAAUCUCUGUAUGUGCAGUGUUUCAAAGCGCAAUGCUGCACAUACAGACUCCAGACACCAUGAACACUUUAAAUCAAAUAAGUGGUCAUGGUGCUUGAAGUAACCAAUUAAAACCAAUAUAGCUAAACUGGGAAAAUUAAGCCCGCUAUGUUUCCAGUUUACGCACUUUAGCCUGGAAGCAAUUAUUUAAUGGUUUAAUUAACGUUUGGCUAGAUGAGCUUAGCUUAGAGUCCAUGAUUCCCCUAUUUCCCUGUAAAGAAAAUAAUGGGAGUCCAUAAAAAUGUGAUGCAUCCAAUAACCCCACUUCUUUUUUUACAUUGCUUAUUAUUGUUUAAUCCCCAUAACCUUCAGUACUUCAAUCUACAGCAUUACUGCCCCUGUACUCUGACGUUUCUACUGUAAAACCUUUGUUAGUUUAGUUUCCCUCCGCGAGCUGCCUCUAGUAAGAUGGCGUCGAGAACCGGACAGCAACGCUGAGCGCCUGCGCACGGUGGCCGGAAGUGAUGGACGAAAAGAUUCCGGAGCAGCGGGAGAAGUGGGGUACGAAGCAGGCAGCGGCAGGACAGGUAUAUAAAGAGAGGGUCUGUGGGCCUGUGCUCAAUACAAUGGGGGUACUUUCUGCACAAUUUACCAUAAAUAGACAUGUUUCCCUUUAAUGCAUGAAGAGCUAUAAUCACUAGAGAUGGGCUGCAGCAGUAAACAUGCCUCCCCCCCUCCUAUAGGCAGUCUCCUAACAUGUUGGUGUAAAUCCCCUGCCUCCAGUCUGCGUGGAGCACAGUCUACAUUAUAACCUACUUUACUUGCACUCUUCCUAAAACUUCUCUUGGCCCUCCCUGAAAGUGCCUUGUAGGAGUGAAUACCCUCCCCCCAACUUGUUAAAGGGACUGGUUCAUUGUGUGCACCCCUCCACCUCCCUCCCCCAGACAGUCAGAUGUAAACUAAGGGUUUGUUUAGAUGGGGUCCAAUCCCCAUCUAUCCCUGUGAUAGUAUCAAUGUGUUGCAGGCCAGUUUCAGAAAAACAAAAAUGCAGAAAGGUUUAUAGAUUUGCUUCCCUGGAAUUGUUUAUUGUUUUAAUAUUUGUUAAUAUUUCCUUGUAGUCCUAAUAACUGAUAGGGUAAAGAGACCGUACACUCUUUCUUUUUUCUUUUUUUUCCCCCUCUGCAUUGUAUACAUUAUUUACUCAUGGUGCUUGCUGAGAGUACUAGUCUCAGUUUAAAGUAAUUGAUUCUGGGAGCAACUCAGUCCACUUUUUAUUUAUUUAUUUUUCUACUGAGGCCACAUGUUCAUACAUUUUUACAAUGUUUCUUUCUAAUGCAACAAGGAAUAGGUAUUUGCUGCAUUGUUAUCAUAAUGAAUUUGAUAAAAAUUAAUACAAUUCAGUUGGUUAGUUGUAUAAUAAUAUAGCAGCCAUGCACUGCACACAUGUUAUUAAAUUGAAUCUGUCAGUUUGGAUUGAAAGGGUUGAAUCAAGCAUUAUAACCACUACAGCACACUGAAAUGGUUAAGAUACCAGGACUACCCUUGGUGCUAAUCCCACGAGUUUCUAACAGUUUGCCCCCUUACCUGGGUUGUGAUGGGCACUGAGCCUCUUAUCUUGCCAAGUAACAUGUGUCCAGCUUUUGUAGAAGCCAGGUGCCAGUCCUGCUGCUAAUUAAUUGACGGAAAGAGUCAGCCCUCUGUGCACAGACAUAUGCAAAGAAUUAACAUUGUCAUUGGCAUUUAUAUAGCGCCAAAGUAUUGACAUUAUUAUUGUUGGUGGUUUUGUAGCACCAACAUAUUCCACAGCAGUUUACAAUAUUGCAAAGGGGAAAUUUUAACCAUAAAUGAGUUACAAAAUGUUACAGGAACAUUAGGUUGAUGAGCAAUCUGCUCAAACAAGCUUACAAUCUAGAGAGUGUAUCACUGGACAUUGAGCUUGGAGUAACCCUUUAAUUUAUAAAUAUGUGAAUAAAUUGAAUGUUUCCACAGAUAACCAGCCAGCUAGAAAGGGCCAAUGGAAUGACCUUUCAGUUAACCUCGCUCUAUGGAUACGUUAGAGUUAAAGGGACACUAUAGUCACCUGAACAACUUUAGCUUAAUGAAGCAGUUUUGGUGUAUAGAACAUGCCCCUGCAGCCUCACUGCUAAAUCCUCUGCCAUUUAGGAGUUAAAUGCCUUUGUUUAUGAACCAUAGUCACACCUCCCUGCAUUUGACUUGCACAGCCUUCCAUAAACACUUCCUGUAAAGAGAGCCCUAUUUAGGCCUUCUUUAUUGUAAGUUCUGUUAAAUUAAGAUUUUCUUAUCCCCUGCUAUGUUAAUAGCUUGCUAGACCCUGCAAGAGCCUCCUGCAUGUGAUUAACCCCUUAAGACCGGAGGGCGUACAAUUACGCCCUAUUUUAAGCGGCUCUAAACGCCCCCGGGCGUAAUUGUACGCCCUCAGGUCUUUCUUUACUUACCCGGUCGCCGGCUGUCCCACGCCGGCGAUCACGGUGGGGGGGACUCCCAGGGAGCCCCCCGCGGCACGUCCGACCCCCUGGAAGCCCCCCGGCCAUGUGAGAGUGAGGUCCUUGCGAGGACCUCACAAUCACAUGGCCGGGUAGGCUGCCUGCUGUAUUGCCAGCAGGGGGGCUGCCUGUAAUGACAGGUGGUCCCCCUGCUGGCUUAAAAUAAAUUAAUUAAGUGUAAAAAAACAAAUAUAUAUAUAUGUAUAUAUAUAUAUAUAUAUAUACACACACACACAUAUUCAUACACACACACAGUCUAGGUGUAUUUUACUAUUAAUAUAUAUAUAUAUAUAUAUAUAUAUAUAUAUAUAUAUAUUUUUUUUUUUAUAUAUAUAUUAUCAAAUUACACGUAAACUGAUGCUGAUUAAAUAUAUAUAUAAUUAUUGUUAUAUAUAUUUAUAUAUAAUAUAAAAAAAUUAAAUAUGUAAAUACGUUAAAAAAUAAAAUUUAAAAAAAAUUAUUACAAAAUAUACAGAUGUGUUAUUUCGUUCUAACUGUAUUGUGAUAUUAAUAUAUAUAUUUACAUCAAAAUACAUGUAGAACGAAAUAAUAUAUAUAUCUACAUACAUAAAUAUAUACGUAUAUAUCACUAUAUAUACCUAUAUAUAAAUAAAAAUAUUUAAUUUUUUUUAUAUAUAUACACAUAUAGAUUCACAUACGUGUAUAUAUAUAUAUAUAUAUAUAUAUAUAUAUAUAUAUAUAUUUAUGUAAUAUUUUUACAUAUAUAGGUAUCUUAAUUAAUUACAAUUAGCGUGACCUGCCUGACAACCCAUGCCGAAAGUAUAGGGAAUUUAAUUUGCUAGCACUAUAUUUAACCCUAUAACUUUCCAAGACACCAUAAAACCUGUACAUGGGGGGUACUGUUCUACUCGGGAGACUUCGCUGAACACAAAUAUUAGUGUUUCAAAACAGUAAAAUGUAUUACAACGAUGAUAUCGCCAGUAAAAGUGCAGUUUUUUGCAUUUUUCAUGCACAAACAGCACUUACACGGACGAUAUUAUUGCUGUGAUACUUUUUGCUGUUUUGAAACACAAAUAUUUGUGUUCAGCGAAGUCUCCCGAGUACAACAGUACCCCUCAUGUACAGGUUUUAUGGUGUUUUCAAAAGUUACAGCGUCAAAUAUAAGGCUUGCGUUUCAUUUUUUUCACAUUAAAAUUCGCCAGAUUGGUUACGUUGCCUUUGAGACCCUAUGGUAGCCCAAGAAUGAAAAUUACCCCUAUGAUGGCAUACCAUUUGCAAUAGUAGACAACCCAAGGUAUUGCAAACGGGUAUGUCCAGUCUUUUUUAGUAGCCACUUAGUCACAAACACUGGCCAAAAUUGGCGUUUUUUGCAUUUUUCACACAAACAAAUACUAACGCUAACUUUGGCCACUGUUUGUGACCAAAUGGCUACUAAAAAGACUGGACAUACCCCAUUUGCAAUACCUUGGGUUGUCUACUAUUGUAAAUGGUAUGCCAUUAUGGGUGUAAAUUUAAUUCCUGGGCUACUAUAACGUCCCAAAGGCAAAGUAACCAAUCUGGCGAAUUUCAAUUUGACCCUGUAACUUCCCAAAACGCCAUAAAACCUGUACAUAGGGGGUACUGUUUUACACGUGAGACAUCGCUGAAUACAAAUAUGUGUAUUUUAUUGCAGUAAAAGCAAACAGUAUUAAGACAUUGAUAGUUAAAAUGUCACGUAGAACUAAAAAAAUAAAAUAAAAAAUCUUAUUUUCUCCAAUUUUUUUCAUAUUAAAUUAUGUUUCACAGCUAAAUAUUUGAUAUUAAAUGAAAGCCCUGUUUCCCCUGAAUAAAAUGAUAUAUGAUAAGGGUGGGUGCAUUUAAUAUGAAAGAGGUGAAUUACGGUUGGACAGACAUGUAGCGCAAAUGCCAGGCUUUGUUUACAUUUUGUUUCGUUCACAACGUGUACAUUUGGCUCCGUCCUUAAGGGGUUAAAGUUCAAUUUAGAGAUUGAGAUACAAUUAUUUAAGGUAAAUUACAUCUGUUUGAAGUGAAACCAGUUUUUUUUUUUUCAUGCAGGCUCUGUCAAUCAUAGCCUGGGGAGGUGUGGCUAGGGCUGCAUAAACAGUAACAAAGUGAUUUAACUCCUAAAUGACAGUGAAUUGAGCAGUGAAAUUGCAGGGGAAUGAUCUAUACACUAAAACUGCUUUAUUUAGCUAAAGUAAUUUAGGUGACUAUAGUGUUCCUUUAAUAAAGAGUCCUGACCACUUUUUUUAUUUUUAAAGAUGAACUGUCAUUCCUAGGCAAGUAACAAUUUCUUGUUUCUUUACCCGGUAAACUCUAUUGCAGCGUUUACUUGGGUGAAUAGAACAGUGGAUGUAUGUAAAAAGCUUACUUAUAUUUGCUGCACUUCCACAUUUCAGUGGCUUUACCAACCCAUGAUACAUUAGGCACACACGCCCACUUGGGCAUCUAUCAGAAAUUCUGUAUGCAUGCUUGGCAUUCUCUCUUACAUUGCUGGAUACAUGCAUACUUCUUGUGCACAGUACAUAUAGAAUUAACUAAUUCACAUGCUUUGGCUGUCAAAAUAUGAAAGCUAAAGUGGUACUGUCACCUCCUCUGAAAAUGUAGUAUUUCAUAAAUAUUGAAUCUUUAUGAAAUACUCGUGUUGACUGUGUUGGAAUUUCACUGAAAUUCCAACCCAGUCAUGAAGUAUUCAAGACUACUUUGUUUCUUUGUAUUCCCUCCACCUGAUUUUCUUGCACACUGGGUGGCGCUACAGUGUCAGUUCUGACAAGUCACCAGUGACGGCUGCAGGGAAUUGGCUUUGUCUAUGGAGGAUUUUGCGGGAUUCUCCAUAGUUCUCAGUGCUGUACCCUCGCGCAUGUGCAGCAGUGACAUCGGAUCCUGCUGAAGAGCACCAGUCCGGAGGAAGAUGGCCGCGCUCGUGAGAGACAAGUUCCAGCAAUUAAAUCUCACCUUUACCUGCCAGCCGGACAGCAGCGAUGAUGUUACCAUUGUUUUUUUUUGCAAAUUCUGCAAAGUCCCCAGAUUGUAACAGUGCCUCCUUUAAAGGAGAGAGAAAAUUAAUUUAAAAAAUAACUUUUCACAUAGCCAAUAGCUUCAUAUAGUUAGUUUUUUGGUUGUGUUAAAAGUGAAGAAGUUACUUUUUUUUCUUAAGUGAAAUUUAAAUCACCAUAUUUUAUGCUCAUUGCACAAGUUAUGUUGCAUGGAAAUGAUAUGCCUCCUUGCCCACAUUUUUUUUUUUUUUUAUAUAACCACAACAAUUUACAGGAUUUGCUGCAUGCCCCAGACAUGAGAGGCGGAAACUAUACUUAUCUGCUUAUACAAAUAUUUGUAUAGCCAGCACCCACCUCUAUAACUGGGUCUGUGAGAGUGUCUGAGCCAUGCAUGUAUGGACACACACACUCACAAUUUACAACUAUGUACACAAAAUGGUCAAUAGGCUAAAAACCACCAUAUGGCUGCUGUUAACUUAUUUCUACUCAUCUGGUUUGUUUUCUCUCCUCUUUUGCCUUUGCUGUUUUACUAUUCAUGAGACUGGUGCCAUGUCUUCUGUGUGUAUUUAUCAAGUUUUUAAACAGGGAUAUUCAUGUUUCUAUGUGCUAGGCAUAAGAUACGGGAGUAGAAAGAUGAAUAGGUAAAUAUGUACUUUUGUGUAGAGGAACCUUAUGAUGAAGGCUUAGGGAUGUGGAGUCAUGGAUUAUUGUAAGCCUAGUUGAAAAAUCCUUAAUUUAGGUUUAUAUGUAAAUCAUAUGUUCUUCAUGAUAGCUGCCCUUUCUCAAACUACAGAGAAUGCCUUCCCUCUCUUUUGUUUCUUGAAAGUAAGCAGUUUGGGGUCAUUUGAACCCUGCUGUCGUAAGGUCUGGUUGGAGGUGAAUGUAUUCUGUAGGGUGGGCCCUCAUUGUGGUUCUUUGUAAGACACUGCCAGCCUAUGGAGUUUCUUUAACUCUUCUUUGAACUUAUCAAAUUUCAGACCGUAUCACAGCUAGGCUUCCCGAAGUAGGGUGCACAUCUCGAUCUUGGGCGAAGACAUGCAGGCUUUGUUGGAAGCACAUCAAGUUGUGAAUAAUGUAACAUCUGAUGCCACAACCUUUCAACAUGCUUGAAGAACUCUUGCAGAGGAAUGAUUGAUAGAUGAGAAAAGGAGCAAUAUUUACUUAAUAAUUUAGAAAGAUCUAUACAUUUGCAAGAAAUUAUGAUAAAUGUCUCUUUCAUCUCCUGCAUAAAAAUGUUUUAGCCCACCAAGAUUGGGUUUGCAGUCUUGACAAUAUGUUUUUUUGUUGAUCAACAGUUUGCAGUUGCAGUAAGCAGAAUAGGAAGUAGGCUACACCUCCCAGCCUGUCAUUGCCUGUAAAAAUUCCUCGAAUAAAAAAAUCAUCCCACAUUUUGUCAGAAAAUGUCGAAAUGGCCUUAAAAAAAAAAACGUUUUGAAAUAUGUCAUGUCAAAUACCUUGGAUUGUCUAAUUUUAAACAUGUAUGUUUUUCUAGAGAUCAUUUGAAUUGGUUGGUUGCUAAACUGUCUUGACAGAACAGACAGCAAAGGAUUCUUUCAAAAUGCAAUAAUUGUAAACUGGAAUAGAAAUGUUUCUAAUUUUUAAAACCACAAAACUCUAUAUGAGGCAAAUGUAGAUUUGUCCUGUGUUUGAACCCAGUCAUACCAAUGAUGCAAUUUAUAUGUGUAAGUGAAACACAAACCAAAUCUUACUGCGCAUGUUGAAAGAGAUUGACAAUAAAAUGGCAGCAUGAAAAGUUUCACAUUACCCAAACUAAUAUCUCUGUGGUUUAUUCUGUCUAAAAAUAUACAUGUUGUGUGGCAGUUUUGAGUACUGUGACAAGCUAUUCAACUGGCUGGCCAUUUAUAUCAAAUUUGUGCGUUCAUUUUUGAAUUACUGAUCAGCUUUGUCUAAAAUAUGACCUGUGACAGCUAAGAGUAGAUGUACAGUCUAGGUGUGUGAGUUAUUUUGUCAAUCAGGAGAAACACUUUAAUUUGAUAUCAUAAACUGUCUUUGCAGUCCCUACCCUGACCACAUUUUCCCCGCUUAAACUUUGCUUAUAUUGUACAGGCAGAAUACGAAGAUGUUUUAUUAGUAAUUGUAUGGCAGACAGCUAAUUCACCCUCAGUCCCAUCUUUUUGUUUCAGGGGGAUUCAUGAAUGAUCGUGGCGAGAAGCGGAAGGACAGAAACUUGUGGCCUUCUCCCUCCCUGCAUAGGACAUUGAUGAGUGACAAAAGAAUGGCUCAUGUACACAGCAACACAGUCAGUACACCCUACGUUAAUGUAUCUCUACUAAUAUAGCAUUCAUCUCUCAUACCAUAUUUUCAAGAGCACUGACUCAUUACUGCUGUAACAUUUCUAAUUAAUCUUCUGUAUGAAAAAGGGUUUACUUUUUUCUGCUCAGUGCAUUUACUUUAGAAGUUUUUAUCUCCCAUUAAUUGAACUUAAAUCACACACAGGAGGGUGCUGUAGACUCUACCAGACAAUUAAAAUAGCAAGAGAUAAAGUUACAAUUAAGCUUUUUUUUAAUUUAUAAGGUGCAUAGGUAGGCUGUGUAAGUCUCAGCCAAGGGAGGUGUGUUUAGGACUGCAUAAAUAAGGUUAAUUAACCCUAUUUAUUUCUAUAGUGUUCCUUUAAACAUCAGGGUAUGUGUUCAUUUACAAAUAUAACCUAUGCAAUUAACAUUGCUUAAUUAAAGGGACACUCUAGACUUCAAAAAAACUUUAGCUUAAUUGAGUGGUUUUGGUGUGGAGAUCACUGCUAAAUUCUGUCAUUUAGGAGUUAAAUCACUUUUAUAUGUUUAUGCAGUCCUAGCCACACAUACCCUGGCUGUAACUCACACAGCCUCCCUGCACACUUCUGUAAAGAGGGGAAUUAAUGUUCAAACUUAUUUUAUUGCACAAUCAGGUUAAUUUAGAAUAUUGUAUCUCUUGUUCUGUUAAUUGCCUGCUGGAGCCUGCAGGGGUCUUCUGUGUGUGGCUAAAGUUCAAUCAAAGGGAGAUAAAAAAAAAAAUUAAAACAAAUUCUGAAGUAAACACACUGUGCUCUCACAUCUGAUUGAAAAUGUAAUAAUUGUUUUCAUGUAGGCUGUGUGAGUUACAGCCGAGGGAGGUGUGGCUAGGGCUGUAUAAUCAGAAUUCAAUGUUAUUUAACUCCUAUAUGACUGAGAAUUGAGUAGUGAUACUGCAGGGGCAAUAAAACUGCUUUAUUAAGCUAAACAUGUUUUUGUGCUUAGAGUAUUCUUUUAAAGUAAACAAUUAAUUACAUGGGUUGUAUUUAACAAAACAAAAACACCCUAAAUAUCAUGUUAUCAUCGCAUCCUUUUUAGUGUAUCCCAGACAUGCAGCAUCCUCAUCAUCAUAUCAGGAGCGGGUCUAGGAAGAUCUUAAAUUACAAACAAAGCCAGGAAAAAAAAAAUAUUUAUAUUUGUUCAUCCAUACUCUUGCUUGACAAACUGCUAGUACAAUGUAAGGACUAAAUGAUUAAUAUAUUAAAAUUAGAAGCACUGUGCAUUUCAAUGUCCUAUAUGUUUUAUCUGUGUCCUUAUUUGUAGUGUAUAUUUUUUACAUGUGUGGUUAUUUCCACUAAUAUUUGCAUUUAUCUCAUUUUGUAGCAGCGCCGUCUCCUUGGCUGCAGUUCUAUUUCUGGGUUAGGACUUCUGCAGACUGCAGCAAGCAAAAAGCUGGAGAUGUUAAGUGCUCGCCUUUCCCGUAGUUUGCAAAAUCAAGAACCAGAGGAGGAAGAUAUUGAAGAUGACGAUGAUGAUGACAGUGACGAUGAUGACGAUGAAGUAGAAGAAGCAGGGGAUGUGGGGAUAUCCCAAAGCCCGAGUUGCAACACUUUGGUAUGAUUGCAUUUGACCUCCAGACCUUUGAGGCAAUUACCAGACACUACAUUACAUCUUACCAAUGGGCUAGACUUGCAGUUAAAAAUACAGUGUAUGGGGCGAGCAAUAUGUUUUCAUUUUGUUUCUUCUCGUUUUUGCAGAAAGCUACAUUCAUUUCUUUUCCAAUACUUCUUAUAUUAUUGCAUAGAUAAGUCCCCUAUUAAAAAGGGUUUACUGAAAACAUCAGUAAUGUCCUAGAUAUAGCAGGACCACCCUGAUUUUGGAUCCCUGUCUCAACAUCUUUAGGUUAUUUUUCUAUCUCAGCACUCUGAAAUGCAAGAGAAAAUACCAGAAAAUUGUAAAGUGCAAUUUUGACAGUGGGCAACAGGGCACAUCACAUGUGGUAAGAGUCUUUAAAAUAAAUAAAAUACAGUUUCAUAGAUACACAACAAAUAAAACCUUGAAUGCAUUUAAUUAUGCAUUUUUUUAUUCUAUUGAAAUGUGGACUUUUUGCAAAAUGGAAAAAAUAGGUCACAGUCUUCACUCGUAAGGCUUUUCAGCAAGUUAAAGUACAUUAGGGCCUGGAGUGUCCCUUUAAUAGGGCUAUCUGGCAUGAACAGCUGUUUAACCCCUUAAGGACACAUGACAUGUGUGACAUGCCAUGAUUCCCUUUUAUUCCAGAAGUUUGGUCCUUAAGGGGUUAAACCUCAGCUCCCCAUACUCUCAUUUUGCAGUUAUAUAAUUGGUAUAAUGUCUUUUAUCAAUAUCAAGCUAACACAUUUAUGGUAAGAAAUAAAAAAUCCUUACUGAUUAGUGUAAUGUUGUCAAAUAUAUCAUAAGGAAAGUUUCAAAAUAAAAUUGUCUUUGGCAUAUCAUUUCUGAAAGAUUCUCAAUACUUACUGAAUGGCAUGUAAAUAUGGACAGACACCUAAGUAUUGUUAGGGAUGCUGCAUGCAGCAUUUCAGAGAAGGAAGAUGUGUGAUUCUACCAAUCACGCAAAAGUGAAAGAAAACAUACUUAAAGAGACACUCCAGGCACCCUACCUUUCACAAACUGCAAUAUUUACCUUGCAGGGUUAACUCCUCCUCUAGUCGCUCUAUACUAGCCACUAGAGGACACUUCCUGGUUUAUAGCACAGAUUUUCUGUGCUAUAGCGUCGCUGGACGUCCUCACGCUAUGUGAGGACCUCCAGUGUCGCUGAAAUCCCCAUAGGAAAGCAUUGCCGCGCAUGUGCAUUAGGUCUCCCCCGUCGCCGUCCGCGCAUGCGCAAUAGGUCUCCCCUGCCAGAUGACGUCGGCGGGGGAGGAGCGUGGGCGGACCCUGAACCAGCGCUGAGGGUCAUUGGCGCUGGAUACAGGUAAGUCACUGAAGAGGUUUUAACACCUUCAGCAACCGGGGGUGGGAGAGAGAGGGGACCUGCAGUGCCAGGAAAACGGUUUGUUUUCCUGGCACUGGAGAGUCCCUUUAAACUAGAUACAUUUAACAAAUGGAAAACCAAAAUACCAAAAUAAAAAAAACAUGACCGCUUUAAUGAAUUCUUCUAGCCAAAUCAUUUUAACAUGUAUAGAGAAAACAUAGAAGCUUUACAGGUAUCUAUUCUACUGGCAUUUUGAUGUAGACAAUGCUUCAGUCUGAGAUUUAGACAUUUGUGGGCUGGUAUAGACUAUAGCUAUGCUGGUACAGUGAGAUAUAUGUAAACUUCUACAAUUGAAACCUAGGGUUUUUCAUAUUCUAUUUACUUAUGCGCUACAGUUAAGAAGUAGGUAUUUUUGAAAACUGAAAAAGAAAGUUAGUUGUGGAAAUGUUUACUCUACUGUGUCUACCUAUGUCAGGGAACAUAGUGUCUCAUCUUGGCAACAUAUCAAGCACUGCUAAAAGCUCUGGCCUUUUCUGUAAUUUAAAAAAUGAAAAACAACCUCUACAUUUGUCGAUCAAUAUAGAGCCUUCCCCACAAAGUGCACAUAUCUCCACGGAGGUGAAAAUAAUGGCAAGGAAGACAUACAGAAACAAUAUCUCGACUUCUCCCAUGCCUUCUGAGUACGAUCACAAUGACAAUUUUUAUAUCUUUAGUUUUGGUGAUUUGCAAUGUUUUAGUCUGUGGUGCUCUUGCCAGAAAUGUUACAGUUCUCCUCUAGCACAUACAAUAGCUUAAAGAGACAUGCAUCACUUGACAAUCGUGUUUUUAACAAACACUUUUAAACAGAUAUACAAACCAAAAUAAAGCAAUAAAAACUUUGAAAAGGGUGUAAUCUGUAUAAACUUAGUCUGAUUGCAUUAGUAUCUCAGGGGAGUUUCUUCAGCUCUCCCCCUUACCCGCCUAUUUCAGUUUCAGAUCAGUCAAGUAAUGACAGAAACAGGGCAUCAUUGUGCAGCAGCCGGAGAGAUAAAACCCGAAAACAGAGCCUUCUUUGCAUGAAUCACACUGAUCAGACUCCCUGUUUUCUCCCCUUGUCAGGAUGCUGCAAAAUGAAGAGAUUUUUCGAGUGCACAUGUGUAAAUUUGUCAGGCAUGCCCAAUGCACGUUUCCAGCAUUCCUAGGGAUAGGACACUGAUAGGUUAGAUUAAUGUCCCACCCGAAGUGGGUGUGGAAAGCAAAAGAAAGAAGAAGCAGGUAACUAUGAAAAAAAAUCAUACUUACCUGUUUUUUUCAGGCUGUGGACUAUGGCAGCUGUCUCAUUCAAAGCUAAAGCUUUUGAAAGAGACAGUUGUCACAAAGUGAUGCAUGUCCCUUUAAACUUACAUAACUUAUCUGAAGGAGACCUUGCACAUUUGGAAAAUGAUCCCUCCAUACGGGAUCCAAUUUAGAAUCACAAGUGUUUUGAGUUUUCAUAUCACCUAAAUCAAUAUCCAUGGUAAAUACUUUGUAAUGUGAAUUCAGUUUCUUAAACCAUGUAAAAUAUAAACUGUAUUAUGUCCAUUCUCAUUUUCUGCUUUAACAUUUUAAAUAUUUUAGAAUCAUGUGUGUUUGUUGCAGAGUCAACAGAAAGAAAUGGAGAAAGUUUCCUUGCUCUCCCAGGCCAGUAAAAGCCAUAAAAAGGUAUGGAUGGAGCAUUGCACUUCUCCUGUAUUUCAUAGCAUUAUUUCUUGCAUGGCUGAGUAAAAUUUCUGUUUUCCAGGCUGUCCUUCCAUUGGAGAACGAUUCAUUUUCUCUCGGUAUACCCAAGAAUUUUAUAUGUGAACAUUGUUUUGGGGCCUUCAGGAGUAGCUAUCACCUCAAGAGGCAUUUGUAUAUACACACAGGUAAAGAAACGGUAAAAAAGAUUUUGUUCUGUACAAAAGACCAAUGUUUUCCAUCAUGGGCAAAUAGUUUUAAAAAUCAUUGAUGUAUAUUAUAUAUUUUUUUCCCUCUGGAAGGGAAUGCUACGUUCUGCUAAGUAGCAUUUUUAAAAUACUAAAUGAUGGAAUACAGAAGUGGUAUUUAUCGAGAAAAGGCUGGACAGUAGGAAUUUGAUUAUUAUUAUUUUAUUAUUUAUGUAGCGCCAUCAGAUUACGUAGCGCUGUACAAUGGGGGUAAUCGAAACCUUUCCAUCAUCGCACAUUUCACAAAAGCCAUACCUCCCUCCUAACAUAACCAAGCUCAUGCCCUCCGUCACAUCCUUCAUAACUGCACACCAACCCCUUUCAUAAGUUUAGUCAUUUGUUAAAGAAUUUCCGUUUAUAUUAUACUCACUAUUUGAUAAAUAGUUAUUCUUUCAAAUCAGGUCAUAUUUGAUUUGUAUUCUUUUCUAGACGUUUUGUGUUAAACAUAAAAUUGUAAGAUAUUAUUUUUAUGUUUAUUGCUGUUUCUCCCAAAAAUUUUGGUUACUGUGGGUUGCAUUCUAAUCUGAAUGCUCUCACCAUGCUGAACACAGCACCUGAGAGCCUAUACCCAGAUCCAAACAUUUUAAUAUUUCUUUAAAAGGACACCACAGUCACCAAAACAACUUUAGUUUAAUUAAGUAGUUUUGGUGUAUAGAUCAUGCCCCUGCAGUCUCACUGCUCAAUUAUCUGCCAUUUAGGAGUUAAAUCACUUUGUUAAUGCAGCAAUUGUCAUACCUCCUUUUUAAACACUUCCUGUAAAGUGAGACCUAAUGUUUGCAUUUCCUUUGUUGCAAAUUCUGUUUAAUUUAGAAUGUCUUAUCUCCUGCACUGUUGAAAGCUUGCUAGACCCGGUAUGUGAUUAAAGUUCAAUUUACAGAGUAGGCGGUAAAAUGUUAUUGAUGACAGGACAUCCUUAAAAUGACACUUCAGGCACCAUAACCAUGUCAGCAGAAUGAGGUUGCUAUGGUGCAAGAAGGUCCUUGGGCACAAUCUUUCCUCAAGGGAUUAAACCAGUCCUCCUUUCAAAGGCUUAAAUCCAGCUCCUGUCAACUCUGCUUAGCUAAUUCAAAUACAAUCAAAUGCUUGAAUCAGAAGAUCUCGAACUAGGAGAUGCUGAUAGUCUGAGUGCUUCAGCUGACGCUCUUUUCCCAUCAAUAGCUCCCCAUUCACAAUAUGUAGUGAAAAGGCUGCGUACCUUGUGUUACUCAAUUUUGUUAAUGGGAAACUACUGAGAGUGUCUGCUGGCUGCAAAGAAAGUUCAGGGGCAGAGCUGAAGGGCACAAGAUUGAAGACUUUAGGUUAUGCCAUUUGUUAAUGGUUUAGCCCCUUUAAGGUAGGCCGAUGCCAGAGUACCUCAUAUCACUGUAACAUCUUAAUUCACAUGGCGUUCUUAUGGUGUUCAUAGUGUUCCAUUAAGGAAUGAGUAGUUAGCACCUAUAGGUUCACUUGUAAGUAAAGAGUAAAUGUCUAACUUUAUGCAGUCUCUUAUGUCUUUGGUGGAUUACACUUUCCAUGUUCUUCUACUUGAAAGAUCAUCGAUGGGAACUGGAGUUCAUAACAAGUUGCCUAUCUCUUUAACAGACACAUGAAUGAAAAUGGUGGACAUCAAAUCAUAUCUAUUCCUUAUCUCCUAGGAGAAAGACCAUACGAGUGUGACAUGUGUGACAUGAAGUUUAUCCAAAAGUAUCACUUGGACAGACACAAACGGGUCCACAGUGGGGAAAAACCUUACCAGUGUGAACGAUGCCAGCAGGUAAUUAUUGUCACAGACUUUUUUAUUUUUUUAGCACAUUUGUUUGUUUAUGAUGAAAAGUUAUUCUCAUCAAGCAUCAAUUAAAGGGACACUGUAGGCACCCAGACCACUUCAGCUCAUUGAAGUGGUCUGGGUGCCAACUCCCAUCACCCUUAACCCUGAGAGUGUAAUUAUUGUUGUUUUUAUAAACUGCAGUAAUUACCUGCUAGGGUUAACUCCCCCUCUACCAGACAGCCACUAGAGAAACUUCUGAGUGCUUAGACGCUAUGCAUGAGGACCUCCAACGUCACUUGAAUCCCCAUAGGAAAGCAUUGAAUAAUGCUUUUCUAUGGGGAGAUCCUAAUGCACACGCGGCCAUUGCAGUGCAAGCGCAUUAGGUCUCCCCUGCCAGAGGCGGGGGAGGAGCAUGGAGGCGCUGGACCCAGGUAAGUGACAGAAGGGUUUAUUAACCCAUUCUUCACCACAGGGGUGGGCCUUGAUAGAAGGGGAAUCUAUGAAGUAAAUAACAAAUUGUAUGAUAUUGUGUUUGCCAAAGGAAAAAUAUUACAGUGUAAGAAAUGUAACCGUCACUCUUGAUAUUCUGUUAUUUGCCCAUGAUGAGAUCUUGGCUAAUGUAAUAUGCAAAUGUUUUUUGUUCCUCUUAUAAUAUCUACCCACCUACAUACAUUUGUCACCUCGCCCAGAACAAACUAAUCUGGGAUUUGUAACGAAGAACAAAUUUUAAUAAGUAAGCUUGUCGGGGUUUAAAUAUUAAAGCAGUUUUGUGCCAGAGACCUCAGUAUUAGCACUUAACCCAUAGGCACCCUUUUAUAUCCAUAGGCACCCAGACCACUUCAGCUCAUUGAAGUGGUUUGGGUGCAUAUCCCAGGCCACUAGAGGGACGUCUGGGUCUCUAUGCAACUUUUGGUCGCAUAUGUGAUGCUGUGCAUCCUCACGCUAUGCAUGAGGAUGUCCAGUGUCACCCUAAACCUUAUAGGAAAGCAUGUCCCAUGGGAAUUGUUGGUGGCUGCUGUUGGUGGGGAAGGAGCAGAGGCAGAGUCCAAGCCAUCAUCAAGAGACAUCGGCGCUGGACUCCUAUGUGAAAGCAUUUUGAUUGUCUCAGAACACCACUUCUGAUGAUGUUAGCCAUGCAGACAGAUCAGGGUCAAAGCCAGCAGCAGCAGACUGAAAUAAAAGGUACGGUUUUGCGAUAUUUAGGGGGUGCAGAGGGGAUGGAUGGUGUUUAUAACACUAUAGGGUCAGGAAAAAAAAUGUUUUGUGAUAUGCUCCCUUCAUAUUUUGGGAAUAGUUUUUAAUUGUGCUAAAUAAAUGAAAUAAAAGUUAAGUAUUAAUUGCUGUGCAUUACAGUUUUGAUUAUUUUUUUAGGCCUUUUCACGGACUGACAGACUUCUGAGGCAUAAACGAAUGUGCCAAGGUUGCCACUCCAAAAUCGUGAAGACAGAAUAUGUGGCGUGAAUUGGGAAUAUUUGCAGGUGCACAUCCAGCAACCCUUCUCUAUCCCUUAGAAUUGAUUGACCCCAAGUUUGAACAUUUCUCAACAUUUCAUGACGCUCGCAAAAGAAGACUGUUUUCUUUUGAUGGACUACUUCUCGUCUACAGAAGAUCUAGCCACGUGGACAACUCAACAUCUUCCAAGAAAGCAACAUUUAAUCUCAACACCUUGAUACUCAGGCCACAACAGCCACAUGUAUUGUCCUUGGUGGGUGGGGGUAUUCACGAUGGCAACAUUCUGAGGAUUUCCUGAGGAGUCAAAAUGCAUUUUACUGUACAGUUUUUUUACAUAAUAUUUUUAACUAUACUUUUAAAGAAGCAGUUCAUCACAAAUAAAAAAAAAAAGUCCUGUUACCUUUUUCCCUUUUAGAAAAUAUUGCUUAGUUUAAAAGAAAAUCUAUCUGAGGGUUUCCAGGAAAAUCUAUUUUCUCUGGGAGUGAGAGAAGCCUGUGUACUUCAGCCGAAAACCAUGAAAUCUCACCUGAUUUACAAGCUGUACCAUCCCUUUAAAGGUACCCUGUCUUAUUGCCCCCUACCUCUUUCUGAUCCCAUUGGGGAGAGCUCCUGGCAAUUGUACCUGAAAAGCUCCAACAUAUGAAUUUCCAGAUUCUGUUGAAUAUGGAUUGUAAGGUGUCAUAAAUAGUGUCUCAUAUAUAUAUAUCACAUAAAAUAAUUGCAAUUGCAUUUUUAACUAACCUAUGAAUAUGUUUGUUAUAUGAGUUUACUAACCCCACAAACCGAAAUCUAAAAGGCAACUUUUUUUUUCUGUAGAAAUUAUAGAAGAGUCCUGAAAAAUAUGGAAAAUAUCGUUGCCCACCUUUUUAACUGAUUUGUAAAAUUAACACUUUGAAUUUUUUUAGUGCAUUAUUAUUAUAAUUCAAUUAACAUUUUUUAAUUUGAUUUAAAGAAAUCCAAACCAAUUGUCUAUCUUAUAAGAUGUGUAGUUGUGUAAUACAUGUUAUGAGAUAAGCUAGAUGGAAAUGUUGAAUGGAUUUAUCUAAAGUCAUUGUUUUUUUUUAUUUUGGUACCACACAGUUCAAUAUGCUUGUACAUAAUUUUUAACUACUAGUUAACUGCCUUUCAGUUCCCUGAAUCAUGAGCCAGUUCUUUUGGAUGUAAUUCUUGGCAUCUUGCUGAGGUACACCUAUUUUUCCCUUUUCUUAGCCAAAGUUACCGCGUUUUAAGUCCAUCAAUUAAUUUUUCUUGAAGUGAACUUGUCUUCCAGAAAUUUUGUGGAAACAUCAGGUAGGAAUAUACAUUAUGCUUGUAAAAUUACCAUCAAAUGUAUAGAUACAAAUAUAUACUUGUCUGAGAUUCGCUUCUUUCAUAAACGGCAUGGUACUCCAUUCCAGUUUAGAAUACCACAAUCUCUAAUGUGCUAUGCUGAUUGCAUAGUGGUGUAUGCCAGAAAUUAAAAUGAGCAAAACACUUAUAAAUGAAUAUUUUUUUUCCCAAGCAUAAUCGCAUUGGUACUUAACAAUUAAGUAUUUGCUUCAUAGAUCUUACCUUGGCUGAUGGAUAGGUACUACUCCUCUGGACCUGGGAGAUUAAAAAAAAAACUAAGUCCAGCCGCUUCUUAAACUAAAGUGGGGCAAAUACCCACUUGUGAAUACUGCUGUUAAAAGAAUAUGCAGUAAGUAAAAUGUCAGGCUACAUCAACAUAUUUGCUAGUCAUUUGUCUAGCACUAUGUAUGGAUUACAUUUAAUGCUCUUUAAAAUGAAACCAAGUCACUAUAGGCAAACUUUAAGUCUAGUUUUAGUUGCAUAUGAAAUUUAAAGGGACUCUGUUACCAAAUAUAUUUAAUAUACAUGGUCUAUUUUCAUACUUGUUUCACUAUUGUCCAAUUUUAAUCAAUAGGCACAUGGUAACACGUAUGUCAGUUGUCCUGCUCUGCUUAUUUGUAGGUAUGUGACGACUACACAAGUGUACAUCUUGGCCAAUCAGCACUGGAAGUCAUUGCAAAAAGCACUUCAUUGUUAGAUCACGUGCUCAGGUUAUAUCUGUUAGUUCCAUAUAAAAGUUACUCACUGUGUAACAGUCAGUGACACUUGGGUUAACCACGAUGCUUGGCAGUGAAAAAGUCCUGCCACUAGGAAAGUAAAAAAAUAAACAAUUUUCUAUUGAAAAAAAAUAAACCUUUUGCAUCAAUUAACAAAGCAUAAAAAUACUCUUAAAGUGUGUUGGGUACACUUAUUACUAGCUAAUAUAAACCUUAUAAAUCUUGGAAUAAGUAAUCAAGAUAAUUUUGCAUGCCAGUAAAUUUGUGAAAGAAGGGGGAAAAAAAGGUUUCCCUUUAUAAGAGCAUAUGUAAUGAGAGGACAACUGUGCGCUCACUAUAGCAGAUGUGAACAUUUUUUCACACUGAAAUUAAUGGCAAGCAGACGGUACUUCUGCAACUGGCUUCCAUUCAGUUCAGCAGAAACCAUUGCUGGUGUACUGCAUAAAUACAAACAGUCAAUGCUUUAAAAGGAGGAAGCAACACAUGCUUGCGAGUGCUUCUCCCAUUAAUUCCGCUUGGAGCCUAGAGAUUGGCUGCUGGCACCAACUAAUUUCUGCCUUCAGCAGAGGUAGAUGAACCCAGGGAUCGGCCAAAAGUCAAUGUUGAGUAUGUGUCUGUUUAUUUCUACAUAAAGGAACAUUCUAAACACCAUAUCCACUACAGCAUACUAUAGUGGUUAUGGUGCCAAGAGUGCCUUGCUCCUUAUCCCCAAAUGUAACUAGUCGAAUAGUUUUGUAAUAGUUUGACUUGUUAUCUGGGGUCUGCCAGGUGCUGCUGCACACCUCCUCUCUGCCGGAAGCUUUCUACUUUGGCCGAGAGUGAUCAGGUGUCUAUAGUUCUACUGCCGGCAGAGUGUGGAUCAGAGCCGGGGAGACCAACAGUUAAAUCGUUACUAAAUAGUUUGAUUACUUACAUCAGGGGGACGCUAGGGCACACAGUGUGCUCUAGUGGUUAUGAGGCUUGGAUAUUUGUUUAUUUGCAUGUGUUUGGCCUAGAUCUGUAACACCACUGGCAAUUAAAUCGGGUGAACUGCAGCUUUAAAGUAAAACUUCUGUAUGAUUUCUCAGAAAAUGAUCCCCAGUUAAAAAUAAAAUCAGAAACUCCUUCAAUUAAUUUUGGGAAAAAAUGACCACAUUAUAAUUCUGCGGAUAUUAAGAUUUAUUUUAUAUAUAUAUAUUUCUCCAAAAUUUAGUUUUGAGCAGAGAGGCAGAAUUGUAUGUAUUUUUUUGUUUUGUUUUUUUUAAACACUGUACAGUUAUAUUUUAUUUUCUUUCCCUUCUUGCAACUGUGGUUAGAAUAUUUAAAUAAACUUGUGUUUUUGAUACUUUAA